CUUGUGGAUCCAAAUCAGAGGAUCUGAUUGGCUACAUCGUUGCUCUUAAGCAACAUUUCGUAGCUUCGGAAAUAGCUGAGCUUUCUAGAAAAAACACCAUCAAAAGAGAUCUGAACCACACAACUGACUUGGCACGAAAUCAAUCCUGAUAUUCGUGACUUGAGUCCUGUGAGGUCAGAUCGACCAGGAUACACACACUGAGCAUCCCGGAGAUUUAUAUGAAGGCCAAAAAAAGAUGUUUUUGUUUCUUCCUUUAUGAUGGUUACUUCUGUUUUGAAGCGGGGUUUUGUAGCCCUACGCUUGGCCGUACCUUCCCAUCUCCCGGUGCCAUCGCUAAUAAGACCCGCGCCAAUACCAGCGAAGAGGAGCGUGGCAUGGCCCGCGACGCACUCGAGAAGUAUGUGCUGCAGGGCAACUGGCGCAGCGCCGAAUUCCGUACCGAGCCUGGCCGAGGACCCGACGCCUCACCCGGAGAGGUUAAUGCUAUCAAUAUCGGCAUGAUGGCUGAUGAUCUAGAGCUGCUGGCACCAGCAAUUCGCCGCCCAGUAUGGAACUCAGUUCCACAGAGACGCAAGUCCUGCAUAUGCACUACAUGUCCCUUCUUAUAUUUCCAAGAUAUCGCCGCAAGUCCGGCGGCCAAGGCCCGCGGAUAUGCAAGAAAUACGACAACCUGUCUUUCCUACGUCGCAUAUGCCGCAGCCUCAAGUAACUAUCGCCUCUCCGGAACCAUUCUCUACACCUUCAUUACCGCUAGCCCCGAAUAACGAUACUGUGCCUAUUCUACGCAUAUCCGAGGCUGAAACACAUGGCUUAACCUCGGAACAAAAUGAGGUUCUACGCUAUAAGUCACCAUCUUCCUCACCACUGUCAAACUUAAGCGAGGGAGAUACAGCGCAUAUGCGCGAUAUUAAUGAGAUUGCUGCAAUGUUACAGGAUGACAUCGGCCGGUCUAAUCCGUACGAUAUUGCCCCAUCACCACCACGAACACGUGUACGUGA